AUGCCUCCGACACCUCCGGAGCCCGGCAAGCCGCCCCAACGGCUGCAGGACCCAUUGCAAGAUCGGCCAGUCAAAGAGGUGCCUUUGCCACCCGCGCAGCUGCUGACGGCAGAAACCUUCUACGAAAAGAAUGGUGAGCCGAACAUGCCUGUGCUCAUGGAACAUUUGAUUUUGGAGGGAGCUCUGUCGCAAGAGCUUCUCUUGGACAUCAUUAGCAAGGCCUCCGACCUGUUCAAGGAUGAACCUAACUUGUUGAAACUCAACGACCCCAUCACUGUAGUCGGAGACAUCCACGGCCAAUACUAUGACCUCGUGAAGCUGUUGGAGGUAGGUGGACAGCCUGGCGAGACCCAGUACAUCUUCCUGGGGGACUAUGUGGAUCGUGGUUCUUUUUCCGUGGAGGUCGUUGCUGUGCUGUACUCCUUGAAGAUCAAGUAUCCUAAGCAGGUACGAAUGCUCAGAGGAAACCACGAAUGCCGACAGAUGACGUCAUUCUUUAAUUUCCGAGAGGAGUGUGAGUACAAGUAUGACAUUGGAGUCUACAACGCUUUCAUGGACUCCUUUGACAAUCUGCCCUUAGCAGCAACUAUCAACGGCAAGUUCCUUUGCGUUCACGGCGGGCUCUCUCCAGACCUUGGCAACGUCAAGGCCAUCACGAAGAUCAACCGCUUCACCGAGCCUCCCAAGGAAGGCCUUCUGUGUGACCUGUUGUGGUCAGAUCCCCUUGAACCCAAAGACGGAGAGCAGCGGCCGAGCGCCAAGAAGGGCGGCCCUCCCUUCGUACCCAACGAGGUCCGCGGCUGUUCUUAUUUCUACAGUUUUGACGGAGCCACAACUUUUCUGAAGAAGAACAACCUAUUGUCGAUCAUUCGCGCUCAUGAAGCUCAGCUUGAAGGCUACAAGAUGCACAAGACGAAUCCAAGCACUGGGUUUCCUCUUGUCAUAACAAUUUUCUCCGCGCCGAAUUACUGCGAUGUUUACAAUAACAAGGGAGCAAUUCUCAAGUUUGACAACAGCACCCUAAACAUCCUGCAGUUCAACUGCUCGCCGCACCCCUACCACCUGCCUAACUUCAUGGAUGUUUUCCAGUGGAGCAUGCCCUUCGUCAUUGAAAAGGUGACAGAGAUGCUUUACUACAUUCUCCAGCCUGCAGCCGGAACUGUGGAUUCCGACGAUGAUUCCUCCUUGCCGGCUUUGCCGGAUUCGAAUUGGGUCAACCAUAGAGCCUCGCUGACGGACGACCAGAACCAGACGGUGGAUAUGGCCACACGCCUGGCGGCGUUGAUCGCAGGCGAGAACGCCAGGGAAAAAGAAGCGAGCGGUUCCAAGGUGGACCCAGAGGUUCGAGACCGAAUGCGAAAGAAGGUGCGAUCCAUCGCCAGGAUGGCCCGCAUGUUCAAGACACUCCGGCAGGAGAACGAGACAGUUGUGCGUUUGAAGGGCGUGUGCCCAGGCCACAAGCUGGCACCUGGUCUCCUUUUGGCUGGCAAGGAGCGCCUAACCUCCGAGCUGGAGCUCUUCAGCCACGCACAGGGCAUCGAUCUGGUGAAUGAGAAGCGGCCGGAGGAAGGUAAGACCGGCGGCUUGAAUAGCCCCACAGAUUUCAGGGAUGCGGGGAUGAGCGAUGGAGAGAUUAGUCCUUAA